UUUGGUGAUCCAUAUGGAAAAAAGAAAAAAAACUUCUUGUUCCUUUGACUUUGACGAGGGAAGCCCCGAGAAGUCAUGAGGAGUAGUAGAACCUCACGUCUCUUGGCAGCCACCCUGAGAGAAGGAAGGAAAGGAAACUUCCUCACCAACAAAAGCCUGCUUCUCACAUUUAUAUAUACAUUUGUGCUUGAGCCAUGCCAAACAUUUUUCUUCCCUGUAUCUAUCUCUCAAGGAGUCCCCAAUGAGGACUUCUUCUUCAAUCUCAGGUCUACUGCUGGUUCUUCUCUUGAGCUUCUCCGGCCGCACCUUUGUCUCCGGUGGCUUUGAUUUCCCCUUUGAAGAUGUCAACCAGGCAUGGAGAGGCUUCCUCAAUUUGUCCGGCUGCCACAAGGGAGAGAACGUCACGGGGCUCGACGCCGUAAAGAAGUAUUUCCAGCAAUUUGGUUACCUUACGAACGGCGAUGACUCGGAUGAGUUCGACGACGAUCUCGAGAAAGCCCUCCAAAUUUACCAGACUAAUUUCGAUUUGAACAUCACCGGGUCAUUGGACAAUGAAACAUUGCAGCAGCUGGUCAAGCCCAGGUGCGGCGUCGGAGACAUUAUCAACGGCACCUCUUCCAUGAAAUACGGCCGGAGACUUGCGGCCGUCGGCCACUCCGUCGCCCACUACUCCUUCUUCCCGGGCAGGCCCAGUUGGCCGCGGCAGGCGAGCCUGACGUACGCGUUCUCGCUGUCGAACCAGCCCUUCACCGCAGAGCAGCUCCGGCCGAUCAUCGUUCGAUCAUUUGCCAGGUGGGAGGCAGCCACGACGCUCAAGUUCUCGGAGGUUUCCGACUACUCGUCGGCCAACUUGCGGAUCGCGUUCUUCCGAGGAGAUCACGGCGAUGGGGAGCCGUUCGAUGGGCCGCUGGGGACGCUCGCUCACGCAUUCUCCCCGGAGAAUGGGCGCCUCCACUUCGACGCAGCCGAGAAUUGGGUGAUCGACGUCGCCGGCCUGUCGGCGGCGGGGACGGUCGAUCUCGAGUCGGUGAUGGUCCACGAGAUCGGCCAUCUGCUUGGUCUGGGUCAUUCCUCGGUUAGGGAGUCCGUCAUGUUCCCCACCCUGUUGACGGGGACGAAGAAGGUGGAUUUGCAUUCAGACGAUGUCCAAGGAAUUCAGCUUCUCUAUGGAGGAAACCCCCGUGGAAACGUCUCUACUCCUAGCCAACAGAGCGAACGUUCUAGCGAUGCUUCUUCCCUCUUUUGGAGUCCUCUCCUCAGCUGCUUUACAAUCAUACUUUCCAUCAUUUUCCUUUCCUUCCCUCUGUAAAAGCGGACACUGAUUUGUUUAGUUGUUUCUGUUGUUGUUGUUGUAUAUAUGCAUAGAAAAGGUGAAGGAAAUAGCAUUCUUUUUCCCA